CGAGCGAUCCCGCCUCUUUCACCUCCUCCACCCGAGAGGAGCCUUGCUUGGAAGAGCCUUGUGCCGCCGCGUCAAGCCUUUUUGGCCGCUGGCCCUCUCGGGGGGCUCUGGGCUGGGCGCCGCCGAUGCGUCGAGACUCCAGCGGCUCUGGGCUGUGAAAGAGAGCCGCUUGCUCGCCGGUCGUUCCUUUCCUCGCCGAUCAUGGAUCGCGGAGCCAGAGCGCCGAGGACGGCCGCUGCUUCCUUGGGCCUGGCUGUUUUCCUGGGCGUCCUGUGCGGGAUUCCCCGGGGCUCCGCCGCUCAGUCUUACCACGGGGAGAAAGGGAUUUCUGUCCCGGAUCACGGCUUCUGCCAGCCCAUUUCCAUCCCUCUCUGCACGGACAUCGCUUACAACCAGACCAUCCUGCCUAACCUCCUGGGCCACACCAACCAAGAAGACGCCGGGCUGGAAGUCCACCAGUUCUACCCGCUGGUUAAAGUCCAGUGUUCGCCGGAGCUGCGCUUCUUCCUUUGCUCCAUGUACGCGCCCGUCUGCACCGUCUUGGAACAGGCCAUCCCGCCCUGCCGAUCCCUCUGCGAGAGAGCCCGCCAGGGCUGCGAGGCCCUGAUGAACAAGUUCGGCUUCCAGUGGCCCGAGCGGCUCCGCUGCGAGAACUUCCCCAUGCACGGCGCAGGUGAGAUCUGCGUGGGCCAGAAUACUUCGGACACUUCGGGAGGAGGAGGCGGCGGAGGAGGGAGCCCCGAAAGCGCCACCGUCUUCCCCACCCCGUAUCUGCCCCAUCCGACUUACCACCCCCAGCGCCCCACCAACUCCGGCUUCUCCUGCCCGCGGCAGCUCAAAGUCCCCCCGUACCUGGGCUACCGCUUUUUGGGCGAGAGAGACUGCGGUGCCCCUUGCGAACCAGAACUCCCCAAUGGGUUGAUGUACUUCAAGGAAGCCGAGGUUCACUUUGCCCGCCUCUUGGUGGGCAUCUGGUCAAUCCUGUGCUGUGCUUCCACCCUCUUCACUGUCCUGACCUACCUGGUGGACAUGAGACGCUUCAGCUACCCUGAGCGGCCCAUCAUCUUCCUCUCCGGCUGCUAUUUCAUGGUGGCCGUGGCUUACGUGGCUGGCUUCCUGCUGGAGGACAAAGUGGUUUGCGUGGAAGGCUUCUCGGAAGACGGCUACCGCACUGUGGUUCAGGGCACCAAGAAAGAAGGGUGCACCAUCCUCUUCAUGAUCCUCUACUUCUUUGGCAUGGCCAGCUCCAUCUGGUGGGUGAUCCUCUCCCUCACCUGGUUCCUUGCGGCUGGCAUGAAGUGGGGCCACGAGGCCAUUGAAGCCAAUUCCCAGUAUUUCCACCUGGCUGCCUGGGCCGUGCCUGCCAUCAAGACCAUCACCAUCUUAGCCAUGGGGCAGGUCGAUGGGGAUGUGCUCAGUGGAGUCUGUUACGUGGGCAUCUACAGCGUCGACGCCUUGCGGGGCUUUGUCUUGGCCCCACUCUUUGUCUACCUCUUCAUUGGCACCUCCUUCCUCCUGGCUGGCUUCGUGUCCCUCUUCCGUAUACGGACCAUCAUGAAACACGAUGGCACCAAAACCGAGAAGCUGGAGAAGCUGAUGGUGAGGAUUGGCAUUUUCAGCGUCCUCUACACUGUGCCUGCCACUAUUGUGUUGGCUUGCUACUUCUACGAGCAGGCCUUCCGGGACACGUGGGAGAAAACCUGGCUCCUGCAGAACUGCAAAAGCUAUGCCAUCGCUUGCCCCACCAACGUCGCCCCGAUGAGCCCCGACUUCACUGUCUUUUUGAUCAAAUAUCUCAUGACCAUGAUUGUGGGCAUCACAACUGGCUUCUGGAUUUGGACUGGCAAAACUCUCCAAUCUUGGAGGCGCUUUUACCACAGACUCAGCACAGGAAGCAAAGGAGAGACUGCCGUAUGAGGCUCCCCUUGGCCUCUUCUCUCCCCUUGUAUGGCAAGGAACAAGGGCUUGGACCGUUGUUCCUUCAGACUAACUUUGCUUCUCACCGAGAGACUCGCCUCCAGACUGUGUUUCGGGGCAGUAAAUAUCCUAGGAGAAUUUGCUUAUUCCCUCACCCUGGCCUUCUCACUUUCUAAAUGGUUCUGCAGUAUCUGUUUAGAGUAUCUGGCAUAGUGCCGAGAAGGGAAGUUUGGGGCAAACAGAAAAGCAAGCUACCCUUUUUUACCGCGUGAUUGGUGCCAAAUCAGACCUCCCUCCCCCAAAUCAGAAUCUUAGUUUACAGCCUUUCCAAAAUUAUCCAGGAAAGCUCUGAGAAGGGAUAGAGUGUGUGUGUGCGCGCCCUCGCGCCUGUGUGUGCAUGUUCAUUCCUUUAAAAACAGGAAAUUGGGGGGUUCCUCCAUAUUGUAGCAGUGCAGUCAACUGCAAACCUACUUGGAAGUUUUAAACUCCACAGGAUUCAAUGGGACUUACUCCCCAAGUAAAGGCGUAAUGGUUUCCAGCUAUGCAAACUUGCCUUGGGAGCAAGUUUAACCUCACACUUAGUUGAGCUUAACUUCGGGAAUCCGCGGUGCAUGGGCUUGGCCAGGCUGUAAGGAAAAUUCUGCUUUUCCAGUUUUUAAAAGUUUUCUUCCUGUCUGAUUUGGGCUUUGGCAAGAGAGUCUUGCUGAGAUUUUAGGGAGGAGCAGGGGGGGGGGAGAAGGGAGGAAAGAAACGGGUCUGAAAAAGAAGUGACAUGUUGAUUUUUGAUAGAAUGGCUUUAACUCCCUCGCCUUUUGUUAGAGGGGACAAAGGAGAAACAAAAGUGGGUUUCUCUGC